AUGAAUUCAAAAUUGGAAAAUGGUCAAGAUAUCUUCUGUGGAUCCAUGAAACUUUUUACUGAACAUUUCAAUGAAAUUCGGAAAUCAACUAUAUCGUAUGUCUCUAUUCUGAAUAUUCCAUGGAACAUGAAAGUGUCUGAAACUGACAAAAAACUGACUUUCAAAUUAUCAUGUAAUGAGAAUACGGCGAACACAAUGUGGAAUUGUAAAGCAGAUGUGGAAAUUUAUGUGAAACCGAUUCUGGAUGGAAAAAUAGAAUACUCGAAAAUUGAGAAAGUUCUAGAUGAUCAGAAGACUUUCGAUUACAAGAAUAAACAUAUGGAAGUUAGUAUUGGAGUAGAUCAACUUGGUCUAGAAACUGAAACGUUGGAAAAUUAUCAUUUCGAAGUGCAGACCAAUCUUAGAUUGAAAAGGAUUUAUGGAUAUCGAAAGAGGAAAGUUCUCGAUUACACCGUCGAGCAUCCAAGAUUUUCCAAUGGAGUCAUCGUGAUUGAUGAAAGGAAAAUAUAUGUCAACAAACAAAUUCUGGCUAUGCAUUCCAAAUAUUUUAAUAAUCUGUUCUUUGGUGAUUUCAAUGAGAAAGGCCAAUCAACUGUACAGAUUCAUGAAGUUUCAUACGAGGGAUUCAUCACUUUUCUCGAUUUUAUUCAUCCAACAGGACGUCGGAUUGAGUCAUCUUUUGUGGAAGGAUUGAUGGAAGUAGCGGAUUUAUUUAUGGCUGAUAGAGUGAUGGAAUAUUGUGAAGAGUUUUUGAUUAAAACGGAAAUCAUCGAAAAGGCACAGAAAAUGAUAUGGGCUGAAAAAUAUUCUCUUCAUAAUUUAAUGGUCGGUUCUUGA